AUGACUGAUCAGGCCAGCACGCAUGGCCAUUCGGUCAAACGCCGGCGAGUUGCUCUAGCUUGUGAUGCAUGUCGAACGCGGAAGUCAAGGUGCGAUGGUCGCCGCCCGAAAUGUGGCAUGUGUGAAGACUUGGGCCUUAACUGUGUCUACACAGCACCGGUUACUACCAAGAAUGUGAUUGUUCAAAAGGACUAUCUUAGCAACCUCGAAGACCGUGUCAAAGCGCUCGAGGAUAGCCUCAACAUUGUCAAAUCUGAUGUUUCCGCCGUUAAGUCUAAGAUGAGCAAAGGAAGCUCUGAUGAGCCUGUCAAAGAAAACGGACAUGGCCAUCAGAACGAGCAAUCUCCCGAAUUUGUGGAGACAGAGGACGCAAUUGAUGCGAUGGGCGCUGUUGCAUUUGCUGACGAGAAAGAGUGUGGAUUUUUCGGCGCUUCAUCAAACAUCGCCUUCCUUCACUAUCUAUCCUGUGCUGUAGCACGAAGUGAAAAUACACAGAGAAACAUUAUAUCUCCUAGGAUAGACCGUGUUGCAUUUGAUGGGGGUUUCGUUAAUGCGACGCGUUCCUCAUCACCAGCGUCAGCAGCGACGCCUGAAUCUCGGUCAAAUAUGUUCAUUUUACCUCCAGCGGAGGAGGCGUUAACUCUGAUCCACCGAUAUUUCGGCGACACGGGACUGCUUUUUCCUUAUAUUCACCCUGAUACAAUUUUUGGAACAUACUCUGAACUGAGGAAGGGCUCAAAGAAGAUUCGACGUACAUGGCUUGGAUUGCUAAACAUGAUACUCGCGAUGGCCAAGCUGACAACGGUUUCGGGGCAUUCACCUGCCGAAAACUGCAUUAGGGAAUCCUCUGUAUACUAUAGCAGGGCAUUCAAUCUCUGUAGGGGAGAGAUCUUGCGUGGGACAACACUAGAAGUUGUGCAAUAUCUAUUGCUCAUGGGUCAGUAUCUGCAAGGGACACAAAAGUCGGUUCAGGCAUGGACCAUACAUGGCCUUACCGUAAAAGCUGCUCUUCAACUUGGACUUCAUUCAAAAGACGCAUCUAAAGCUUUCCCUCCCUUGGAACAGGAAAUGAGGAAAAGAACAUGGUUCGGAUGUGUGGUUUUGGAUAGAGUUCUAGGGAUGACCUUUGGAAGACCGACCGCUAUACCGAACUGCUAUGUCAAAUUGGAGCUACCGACUUUUCAGGGCGGUUCGGACAUUCUCCUGACAGCCGCUGACAAGGAGGCCUACCAUAGUAUCCAAUUCUUUAAUUCAACCAUAACCUUAUACAAACAGAUGGGAUGCAUCAUCGACCAAUUAUACGCCCAAAAUCUUGGAUGCGGACCACCUUUGUCUGUGGGCGAGACUGUUUCCCGUGUCCUUGGGAUAGAAACCCAACUUCACACCUGGGUGUUGACGCUUCCCGACAGCCUCCGACUAGUGACAGUUGCGGCCAUUCGAGACGAAAUAAGGCAGGCAGGCAGUCAACCUCAGUUCUUUCCGUUUAAGUUUCGUGUUAUUCUGACUUUGCGAUACCUGCAUGUCCAAAUCCUCCUGCAUCGGCCCGUCCUUGUGAAGUUCCUGGACACUACCGGAGUCUCAGAAAUCGAUACGAGUGAAGACAGGCUACUUAAUGAUAUUGGGUGUAGUAGCAUGAACAGGAUUAUUGAGUCAGCCAGGGGCAUCAUCGAUAUUGUCCACGAGCUUGUUUCAUCUCCUGAAUGGACACGAAACCUCCUUGGCGCCUGGUGGUACUCACUCUAUUAUACAUUCAAUGCGGCACUCGUCAUUAUUGGGGCAACGUGGGUCCAUAGGACAAGGCCAUCUGCUAUAAACUGGGAUAAGGCAUACACCAACAUUCAUAUUUAUCCCAGUCGUGCAGUUACAUCUUUGUACAAAUUGAACAGGAAUCGAAUGGUGGACCGCUGCAGAUCCUAUCUCGAACAGUUGAUGUCUGCUCUUUGUCUUCAGCAGCGUAAGGCCUCCUCCUCCACUGGUGAUCGUACAUAG